UCGCGGAACUACCGAGAAUAUGUUGGAUGAUAAAUCGUUUGUGGAAACUUACAAGGAAUCCAUAGUUGAAGCUGCUUGCAAUAUGGCCUAUGAAGAUGAAUACGAUGAUACCUAUGAUACCAGCGGAUUGAGAAUGCGUGGCAUCGAGCUUCAUAUGGUCGACGAACCAGAUGAAGGAAGCUCAUCGUAUCAAAAGAUUGACGCUAGUAUUAGUCACGAAAACGAGCUCAUAAAAAUGUAUCUAUCCGAUUCAUCAUUGCUCGAAAGAAACAAAACUGCAAGAAAUUCCAGUGCACGAACUAGACUUCGAGCUGCCACGCAAAUGACCGACGAACAAAUCGAAGGAUGGUUUAUUAUGUUUAAGAGAAAUCCUAAGAAAGAUCGUAUACUCGAGGCGUAUGAGCACGAACAGAAAAGGAAUAAAGAGGAGGCACAAUCAUCGGAACCGGAGGGAACCGAUUCACGCACCACCAAGUACGGAGGGAAGUACACGGUGACGUUGAUUCCGGGAGACGGGAUUGGACAGGAAACAGCUAAUGCUGUGAAAACCAUCUUCAAAGCGGCUAAUGUCCCCGUCGAAUGGGAACAACUGAAUGUCACAGGUUACACCCAAGAAGAUGAUAUUCUAUUUCAACGGAGCGUCGAAAGCUUGAGAAGAAAUAAAGUCGCGUUAAAGGGCAUUCUCUACACACCCAUCUCUAAAAUGGGCCAUCAGUCGUUCAAUGUUGCAAUGAGAAAAGGUCUCGACAUAUACGCAUCAUUGGUUAUCAUCAAGAACAUUAAAGGUUAUCCUACACGUCACAAGGACGUAGACUUCGCAAUCAUCCGUGAGAACACCGAGGGUGAAUACGCUGGUUUGGAACACCAAUCUUAUCCAGGAGUUGUGGAGUCACUCAAAAUUGUGACCAGAGAAAAAACCGAGCGCAUUGCACGUUUUGCGUUCGACUUUGCAUUAAAGAAUAAUCGCAAAAAAGGUCACAUGAAACUCGGUGACGGACUCUUUCUUAACACAUGUCGCGAGGUCGCCAAGGAGUACAAAUCAUCGGGAAUCGAGUUCAAUGAUAUGAUUGUUGACAACUGUUCUAUGCAACUGGUGUCUAAACCACAGCAGUUCGAUGUUAUGGUCAUGCCAAAUUUGUAUGGCAAUAUUGUGAGCAACGUGGGUGCAGCUCUUGUAGGCGGAGCCGGCAUUAUUCCCGGUGCUAAUAUUGGCCGAAACUAUGCUUUAUUCGAACCUGUAAGGGAAUUUUCUAUGACCAUUCGAUUAUUUCGCGGAAUGAGAUCUUUAAAUUCAAGUCACCAUUCUUUCAUUAGGGAUGUCGGCAUGUUGGCAAAGACAUAG